AUGGAUUUUAGAAAAUUGGCAACAAGUGGAGAUUCUGCUAUAGUACCAAGAUCUACCUUUCACGAAUACAAUGGAAAUGGAAACUUGAUGAGGUUGUCGAGGAAACCUGAUGAGAGUGUGAGAUCUUCUGCAGUGAUGGCAUUGUUUGUGGAGAGGUGGAGUGAAAAGGAAGGAAGAAGGAUUCCCUAUCUUGUGUUAUUGCAAAAGACACCUGCCAAGAAGAAUACUAAUUAUCAACAUGCUGGUCAAGUUUCAUUUCCUGGUGGAGUUUUUGAUGAAAAGUUGGAUAAAAACUUGUUGGAAACAGCAAUGAGAGAAACUUUUGAGGAAAUUGGAUUGAAAAAUGUUGAACUGCUCAAUGAUACACUUCCUAGUACAACGACAGGUGCUAGGAAUUUCAAUGUUCAACCAUUUAUUGGAAGAAUAGUGGAUUGUGAAUCUGAAAUUCCAUAUCAUUUGCAAUCUGAUGAAAUUGCACAUGUUUUUGAAAUUAGAUUAUUGGAUUUGAUUGCCAAUCCAAAUGUCUCUCUAUACGAACCACUUGGUAAAACUAUUAUGGCUCCAACAUCAACACACUAUGGACCUCUGUAUCAUUUGAAAAAUAUUCACUCCAUUACUCACAACCAGACAAUACCUUAUGUUCCAUUGUGGGGAUAUACAGCAACUGUUGUAACACAAAUAUUGGAUGGAUUGAAUUUUGAACUGGCCAACAAGUAA